AUGGUCAAGACAGGCAGUCCAUCCAAGAUGACGAAAACAAAGAAUAUUCCUUCCCGAGGUGGGGUUGGCUGGUUAAUAGCAGGAAUCUUUCUCCUUCUCUCCUUGCUUGCUACUUACCUGCUCCGUGUUAUGCCCAUAACCUCCGGAGUGUCGGAAAAAAUGGAGUAUAUCGCAAAGACAGCCAGAUUCCCGGAACAAGGGAUCCCUCUUCGAACGACCUACACGAGAAUUCCCCCCCUGGACAAAGGUCUUUCAUUCCUCGUGGCAGCUUUCUUACACGGCGCCGCUGGAUGGGACCGAGGCUUUUAUGUCCUCCAGGUUUAUUUCCUGAUUUCGUUCUUCCCUGUUAUUGCCAUCUGGACAGUGGAAUCGUGCAGGAGACGCAACAGCCUUGCAUUGAUUAGCUUCACCAGCAUUUGGGCAAUCUUCUAUCAAACUGUUGGCGGAGCUAUUAUUGUACCUCUCUAUUAUCUUGCGUACCUCCGAGACAGCAGUGGAAGUCAGUAUUGGUCAGCGGAGUCGAGACAAGUACCGCUGCCGUAUGCGAAAGCACUGCUCCCCGCGCUGAUCUUCGGUUACUUGGUGCCGACUAUCCUGAUGUUUCUACCCUACUCAGACACCGAUCACUGGACCACGCAGGCCAUGGUCGCUCUUUGGCAGCCGUGUCCAUGGUUCGUUGAUGCCCUUGGAUGGGUGUUGUCGAUAGUCUAUUCAAGUAUGGAUUCGCAGACCCCGCAAAAGCAAGCGUCUCUACUCGAUAUAGCCUAUCUCGACACCAUCUACACUGUUGCUUUUGUAGUCUCAGCACUUUCGCACAUAGGGACCCUCCUCGUCUGCCUGCUCUCCGGAGAUCCGCAGCAUUCCUUCAACCAUAUUUUCUUUUCCCGGUCAGGAAUCAGGGAGCCUUCGUUGACCGAGGGUCUUCGCGCCAUCUUUCAAGCUGAUUUCUGGAUCAUCUUCGCUUCCUCUCUGGUCUGGGCUUUUCUUGCCAUCUGGGAUCUCAAAAGAAUAGCCAAAACAGAAGUUUCCUUGAGUGCAGCCGUCGCGGCCCUCCUUUUAGGUUCUGUUUGUGUUGGUCCGGCGGCGGCGGUGGCGGCUGUUUGGUACUGGCGAGAGCACGUUAUGGCCCGAGAAGGCUCUGCAUAG